AUGAAUCAAGGCGGUUUUCCUGGAAGAAGGUAUCCAACCUCAACUACAAAAGCUUCUCCUAAAACACAAUGCCAGAAAUGUCUUGAAUUCGGACAUUGGACAUAUGAGUGUAAAAAUAGUCGACCAUACAAGUCUCGACCUACGCGAACUCAACAGCUUACUAGACCAUUGAGACCAGUAGUUACCAAAUUACCGGACUUUUUAAAAUCAAAUGAUACUUCACCAUCCUCUUCAGAAACUUCUGACUCGCACUCUAGCGAAAGUGACUCAGAAAGUGAAUCCUCUUCUUCAGAUAACUCUCGAUCAUCAACUACUUCAUCAUUUAGUGAUAGUGAUGGUAAUAGCGGCUCAAAUUCAUCGAAAAGAUCAAAUAAUCGGAAACGAAAACGUGGGAGACGAAAUUAA